AGGAAGACUUCCUCUCAAGCAAACAUGGAAAGUUAACCGUCCCGUGAAGACCCGCCUAAAACGCCCACAGACUCGGGUUUCAUUCGCUCUGCCUCAAUCAAUCAAUUAUAUCCCAAGCGACGUCAGCAGCACCGCCACACCGGGGCUGAGGAGUGGGUGACGAAGAGCACUCACCACGACCAGGAAAAAAAAAAAACACCAGGAGCGAUAAAAUGCACGGACUACAAGGGUCCAUUUGACUGUCAGACGUUUUCGCAUUUUGAUCGUUUGGUCCUGGCGAGGUCUUCUGGAGAACACUAAUUGAAUAUAAUGAAGGUCCUCUGUCAGGCCGAGCUUUCUGGUUUUAGCCAGUUGGCUGCAAUUCCAGGGAUGGCUAGCUGAGCUAACCUAGCUAGCUAACAAUUAGCCUGUCCGUUUAGCUACACUGGGUGCCUGCAAGAGGAUAACUGCUCUGAGCGCAAUUUUAAAGCGGUGCUUUUAUUCGGAUUGUUGCAGGAGUUGUGCUUCGUCGAGUGAUAGAGACAGUGGCCUAACCUAUCUGUUUGUUAAGUGGAUGGGCAGUUUUACGGGCGCUCAUUGUCACUGCGCGGGCGUACAGUGUUGGUUUCGGGGCGGCUAGGUUUCUACUCGGCCGGGCAACCAGCAGAGGAAUUGUACAAAUGUGGCAGUGGCAGCUAGUAACGUUAAUGUCCCACUGUCGCUGGGACCGAAGUUGGUAGUUUGUAAUUAAAAAACAACAACAACAGAUUUUUAAUGUCUGUUAGGCUUACGGGGUACGCAGCCACGCGGGAAAAUCAUUAGAAAGUGUUGGCACUCUUAGAAUCCAUCAACUUGUCGCAUUAGCUUGGAUAUAACGUUAGCAACAUUUAGCUUACAAGCUGGUCACCGCGUUAACGUUGCCUGAACUUAUUCCUGCUCUUUUGGAAAGUGCAUCAAUUAAAAUGGUAAUUUGCGCCUUCGGUACUUAUAUAAGAUGUUUGCGGACAUGUUGCAUUGCAGAUUUUCUCUGAUCAGCUGUCAGUCCCCGUAGCCUGAGGAUUUGCACAAGACUUUGACUAAGCUGUCAAAUAUUUGACACUUGACAGCAGUUUUACCAUCAACAAGGACGGUCAUAUUCUGCAGUAAGCCUGUCAAGCUCAGUUGCCAACGUCUGGAUAUAACUUGUUGAAAAGGGACUGUUGCUCAGAGUGGGUUUAAUUCAUUUGAUACUUUGUGUGAGGUGUAGCCCGGCUUCCCUUGUCAGACGGGCUUUUCAGCUCAUGCGGUGAUGACUUUAGACUCCAUGAUGGCUUGUUGCCUGAGUGAGGAGGCGAAGGAGUCCAAACGUAUCAACGCUGAGAUCGAGAAACAACUCCGGCGAGACAAGAGAGAUGCAAGAAGGGAGCUGAAGCUUCUUCUGCUGGGUACUGGAGAGAGUGGCAAGAGCACCUUCAUCAAACAGAUGAGAAUAAUCCAUGGGUCAGGCUACACAGAUGAGGAUAAGAAGGGCUUCACCAAACUGGUCUACCAGAACAUCUUCACCUCAAUGCAGGCUAUGAUCCGUGCAACUGAGACCCUUAAAAUCCCAUUCAAGUAUGAACAGAACAAGAAUAAUGCCCAGCUGGUGCGCGAUGUGGACGUGGAGAAGAUUACAUCAUUCGAUCAGCCGUACAUUGGUGCGAUAAAGAUGCUCUGGGCUGACCCUGGCAUACAGGAGGCGUAUGAUCGCAGGAGAGAGUACCAGCUCUCUGACUCAACCAAAUAUUACCUUAAUGAUUUAGAACGAAUAGGAUCACCGGGGUACGUGCCCACCCAGCAGGAUGUACUGCGGGUUCGAGUGCCCACCACCGGCAUCAUUGAGUACCCAUUUGAUCUGGAGAAUAUUAUCUUCAGCUAUCUAAGUGAUCUGGAUCGUAUUGCUGAAUCGUCCUAUCUGCCAACCCAACAGGAUGUGCUUAGGGUUCGAAUCCCAACCACUGGGAUCAUAGAAUACCCUUUCGACUUGCAAAGCAUCAUUUUCAGGAUGGUGGAUGUCGGGGGUCAGAGGUCAGAGAGGAGGAAGUGGAUCCACUGCUUUGAGAACGUCACCUCCAUCAUGUUUCUGGUGGCACUCAGCGAGUACGACCAGGUCCUGGUGGAGUCAGACAACGAGAAUCGUAUGGAGGAGAGUAAAGCUUUGUUCAGGACCAUCAUCACAUAUCCCUGGUUCCAAAACUCCUCUGUCAUCCUCUUCCUCAACAAGAAGGACCUGCUAGAGGAGAAGAUCAUGUAUUCUCAUCUGGUUGAUUACUUCCCAGAGUUUGAUGGUCCCCAGCGGGACGCCCAAGCGGGUCGUGAGUUCAUCUUGAAGAUGUUUGUGGACUUGAACCCAGACAGUGACAAGAUCAUCUACUCCCAUUUCACAUGCGCCACUGACACGGAGAACAUCCGCUUCGUCUUUGCAGCCGUCAAAGACACCAUCCUGCAGCUCAACCUCAAAGAAUACAACUUGGUGUGAAGAGAAUGGAAAAAAAGAAAGAAAGAAAGAGAGAACGCAAGAAAGAGACCUGCAGCCCAAACACACACACACACACAUACACACACACACACACACACACACACACACACAGACAUACGCACGCACGCACGCACGCAUAAGGCAGAGUCCACUUCUAGAAACACACGCAUCUGCAUGAAAAAUACUGCUGCUCCAAGAUUUAAGCAUUGCCUCAUACCUUAUCAACACUAUCCACGUUCUGUCCACUUAACUUCUGGAUCUUUGGUUUACCAGUUUUUUUUUAAGGAAUGGUUACCCAGUUUGUGCUUCUAACAAUCGCACUUCUUGUGCAAACACAUUCAAAUAUAACACUCCCUCCAUUUGGCCCUUUUCUCUCGGGGUUUUUCUGUCCCCGGGACCCGUCUCGGUCCUCAUGUGGUCCUGGUGGGGGCGGGUGGGUGGAUGACAUUUUUUGGUUCUUUACACUACAUUACCACCAGUGCUUGUGUGUUUGAGAUGGGUAGAGGGCCUUCUCUGGGUAAGCUUUUAUGGACACACGGCGCUCUCCCUUCUUAUUCAACCCAUGCAUGUGAUACACUACAGCAUGAGGGCAGACUGCAGAUCCUGGACUCUGCUCAUCUGCAAAGGGUUAUUAAUUAUUAUGAUAGGAAUAUAUUAUCAGGCAGUACUGGGGUGCAGUGAGGUACUUGAUUCCCCUGGGUCUUGAAUUGUAUUUUUUUUUCUUUUUUUUUUUUUUUUUAAAUGCCCCAGAUCGGAGCACAGAAGCUCUGUUGAAUGUAAAUAAAUUUUUCAUGCUGCUCACCCUGAGUGAGGGCUAGACAGAGAUGACCACAUGUUCUCUGUAGACUUAAGAUAUUUUCAGCUAUGUCAACUUCUUGGUUAUAUUAUUACUACUAUUGUUAUCCAGUUAAAAUGAAGAUGACUACUUAAAGGAAUGCAACGCUUGAGAAAGAAUUCACAGUAUGUUUCUUUUCUACUUCCCCUCAUUUUAAAGUGUUAACAUACGUCAUGAAACAAAAAAUAAAAGAUGACACUACUGCUAUUUACAUACUGUAUAUCAACUUCCCUGUAAUUUUGUGUCACAUUGCCAAAUUAAAACCACCUGCUUUUCUUCUGUAAAUAUUA